GAGAGGCAGCACAGUAGCAGCUCUGACAUGCGUAUGCAUUGCUGAGCCACAGCCAGGGAACACUCGCAGCAUUUUGAUGACAUCACCCACCCCCACACUCUGCUCCCGCCUCCCUCUGUUUGCUGUUGAAACAAGCUCGCUCUCACUCAGAGAGAAAAGAGCAGGCAUCAGUAAAAGAACAAGAGCUGGCUGGGAAGAGGAGGGGCUGCUCAUGAGCGAAUGGAGAGGGAGAGAGCUUUUGGGGGAGGUGGAGGGUAGCUGACAGCGCUAGUGGGCUAGGACUGGCACACACAUACACACACAGGAAGAGAAGAGGAGAGGGAAUAUUGCCGUGCAUUGUUAAAGACUUCUGCCGUGUACUGUUUUGCUGCUGUUUCUUCCCUAUCUGGAGCAAAAGUUCUCACGCAGUUUUGUCCUUCGCCUCUCUGGAUUUUUCUAUGCUGAAAUGGGGAUGAGAGACUCUGUGGAUUGGCAAGUGGGCAGCAGGCGCUGGGGUGGAAUACUUCUCUAACUAACCAGGCUAUACUCUCUCUCCUCUUCUCCCAGCGCAGUUCUACUCUUCCGUGAACUAGGUGGCAGAGGAAACAAACUGGUAGCACUUCUUGGCUCUCGUUCCUCAGCAGCUGCUCACACUGUCUUUCGGGAUGCUGCCUUUAACUAGCACCUGUGGAGGGUAGGAUUCAGCUCCAAUCGGGAGGUGUAUGCGGGGUGUUUAUUUGCAAGAAGAGUGGAAUGUUUGGGUUUUGUGAAAUGAAAGUGACAGGAGCUGUGUGAUAUUUGUGCCUUCUGGUGAAGCCUAACUUUUAAGAGCCGCCAUGCUGAGCCUGCAGGAUUCGGUCUUCUUUGAGAUCAGCAUCAAAUCUCUGCUCAAGUCUUGGAGUAGCAGCUCUUCUGCACCAGUCAGCAGCAGCGUGAGUAGACGCCGUGCCCCCUCCUCAGUGACUCCCCUCUCGUGGGAGAAACACAACGUUGCCGCCAUGUCGAGCAUCACCAUCGACCCCGAGCUCAAGCCCGGGGAGUUUGUCAUCAAGAGUCUAUUUGCUGAGUUUGCUGUGCUGGCUGAGAAGAAGAUCGAGAUGGUGAUGGCUGAACCGCUGGAGAAACCCCUGUCCCGAUCCCUCCAGAGAGGGGAAGAUGCACAAUUUGACCAGUUAAUAAGCUCUAUGAGCUCAAUAGCAGAACACUGUUUGCCCUCCCUACUGCGCACACUGUUUGACUGGUACAGGCGGCAGAGUGGCACUGAAGACGAGUCUUAUGAGUACAGGCCUCGCUCGAGUACUAAGUCCAAAGGAGACGAACAGCAUCGGGAUAAAGAUUACCUUCUGGAACGGAGGGACUUAGCCAUAGAUUUCAUUUUUUGUUUAGUUUCAGUGGAAGUUCUAAAACAGAUUCCUCUUCAUCCAGUGCCAGAUGUUCUAGUACACGAAGUUCUAAACCUGGCAUUCAAGCACUUUAAACACAAAGAGGGGUACUGUGGCCCCAACACUGGCAAUGUACACAUCAUCGCAGACCUGUAUGCUGAGGUCAUUGGAGUCCUUACACAGUCAAAGUUUCAGGCAGUGAGGAAGAAGUUCAUCACAGAACUGAAGGAGCUCAGGCAAAAAGAACAGAGUCCUUAUGUAGUCCAGAGCAUCAUCAGUCUCAUCAUGGGCAUGAAGUUCUUCCGGGUUAAAAUGUAUCCUGUGGAGGAUUUUGAGGCUUCUUUUCAGUUCAUGCAGGAGUGUGCCCAGUAUUUCCUGGAGGUCAAGGAUAAGGACAUAAAGCACGCUCUGGCGGGUCUUUUUGUCGAGAUCCUCAUCCCUGUCGCAGCUGCGGUGAAAAAUGAAGUCAAUGUGCCAUGCCUGAAGAACUUUGUGGAGAUGCUGUACCAGACAACAUUUGACCUAAGCUCCAGAAAGAAGCACUCUUUGGCCCUGUAUCCCCUGGUGACAUGUUUGCUGUGUGUUAGUCAGAAGCAGUUCUUCCUCAACAACUGGCACAUCUUCCUCCAGAACUGCCUCUCGCACCUGAAGAUGCCGUCUAACAACAGCAUCCGAAAGCAGAUUGAGACGCUGCAGAACAAAGACCCCAAAAUGUCCCGUGUGGCGCUGGAGUCGCUCUACAGGCUGCUAUGGGUCUACAUUAUCAGGAUCAAGUGUGAGAGUAAUACUGUUACACAGAGUCGACUACUCAGCAUCGUUUCAGCACUUUUCCCCAAAGGCUCCCGCAGUGUGGUGCCCAGGGACACACCCCUCAACAUCUUUGUCAAGAUCAUCCAGUUCAUAGCUCAGGAAAGACUGGACUUUGCUAUGAAGGAGAUAAUCUAUGACCUCCUGUGUGUGGGCAAGUCUCACAAAACCUUUGCGAUCAAUCCAGAGAGGAUGAAUAUCGGUUUGCGAGCCUUCUUGGUGAUCGCUGACAGCCUACAGCAGAAAGAUGGGGAGCCUCCGAUGCCUACGACUGGGAUCAUCAUGCCCUCUGGCAACACACUGCGUGUCAAAAAGAUCUUCCUCAACACCACCCUCACUGAUGAAGAAGCCAAGGUCAUAGGCAUGUCACUGUACUACCCACAAGUAAGAAAGGCCUUAGAUAACAUCCUGCGACACCUGGACAAGGAAGUGGGACGCUCCAUGAGCAUGACCAAUGUACAGAUGUCCAACAAGGAGCCUGAGGACAUGAUAACGGGAGAGAGGAAGCCAAAGAUCGAUCUGUUCCGCACAUGUGUGGCUGCCAUCCCAAGACUGAUACCAGAUGGCAUGAGCAGACAAGACCUGAUAGAACUUCUAGCCAAACUGACCAUCCACAUGGAUGAGGAGCUACGUGGCCUUGCCUUUACUACUCUCCAGGCCCUGAUGGUGGAUUUCCCAGAGUGGCGUGAGGAUGUUCUCUCAGGCUUUGUCUACUUCAUUGUCAGAGAGGUGACCGAUGUGCACCCCACUUUGUUGGACAACGCUGUCAAGAUGCUACUGCAGCUCAUCAGCCAAUGGAGGCAGGCAGUGCAGAGCAGCAAUAAGAGCCAUGACUCACAGGGCUCAGGCAGCGGUCAUUCUCUGUCCCUGGAACGUACUCCUCUGUUAGGUGUGCUGCAUGUGGUGGAAGGUUUAGCACUGGUGGUGCUUUGUAGCUGCCGCCCCGCCACACGCAGGUUGGCUGUUAACGUGCUGAAGGAGGUCCGUGCGCUCCACACUGCACUGGGCAUCGGCAAGGGGGAUGAAGAAUUGGCCAUUGAUGUAAUGGACAGAUUAAGUGCAUCAGUGUUGGAGAGCUUCAUUCAUCUCACAGGAGCUGACCAGACCAACCUGCUGUACUGCCCCAGUGGGAUUGAUCUUCAGACGCUAGCAGAGUGGAGCUCAUCUCCCAUCAGCCACCAGUUUGAUGUGGUGAGCCCCUCGCACAUCUGGGUGUUUGCCCAUGUUACUCAGGGCCAGGACCCCUGGGUCAUCAGCUUCUCCAGCUACCUGCGGCAGGAGAACCUGCCCAAACAUUGCCCUACUGCCCUCAACUACGCCUGGAUGUUUGCCUACACACGCCUGCAGCUACUGUCUCCACAAGUUGACAUCAAUAGCCCCAUCAAUGCCAAGAAACUGAACAGUCUGAACAGCAGUGACUCCUACAUUGGCCUUUGGAGAAACUACCUGAUUCUGUGCUGUAGCUCCGCCUCCUCCUCCUCCUCCAUGUGUUCCUCAUCCUCCACCUCUGGCUCCGUCCGCUGCUCCCCGCCUGAGACGCUGGCGUCCACGCCGGACAGCGGCUACAGUUAUGAUUCAAAGAUUGUUGGUACUCCGUCCCCCUCCUCCCUGUUCAAACACAUUGUUCCAAUGAUGCGCUCUGAGAGUAUGGACAUCACAGAGUCUCUUGUGUUGGGGCUUGGCAGGACCAACCCCGCGGUCUUCAGAGAGUUGAUAGAGGAACUGAAUCCCAUCAUAAAAGAAGCUCUAGAAAGAAGACCUGAAAACAUGAAGCGACGCAGGCGUCGUGACAUCCUCAGGGUCCAGCUGGUCCGGAUAUUUGAGCUGCUGGCUGAUGCUGGUGUCAUCAGUCAGAUAGGCAGUGGAGGGUUAGAUGGAGAGAGCCACUCUCUGAACAGUACGCUGCUUGAGUAUGUUGAUCUGACCAGGCAGUUGCUUGAAGCUGAAAACGACAAGGACUCUGACACACUGAAGGACAUUCGCUGUCACUUCAGUGCACUUGUGGCCAAUAUCAUUCAGAAUGUUCCAGUACACCAGAGGAGGACCAUCUUCCCCCAGCAGUCACUGAGACACAGUCUGUUCAUGCUGUUCAGUCACUGGGCCGGGCCCUUCAGCAUUAUGUUCACUCCCCUGGAUCGCUACAGUGACAGAAAUAUGCAGAUCAACCGCCAUCAGUACUGUGCACUAAAGGCCAUGUCUGCAGUGUUGUGUUGUGGACCUGUAGCUGACAAUGUUGGCCUUUCCUCUGAUGGCUACCUCUACAAGUGGCUGGACAACAUCCUGGAUUCUCAGGACAAGAAGGUUCACCAGCUGGGUUGUGAGGCUGUGAUGCUGCUGCUGGAGCUGAAUCCAGACCAGAGCAACCUCAUGUUUUGGGCCGUGGACCGCUGCUACACCGGCUCUCGUCGUGUGGCUGCUGGUUGCUUCAGGGCCAUCGCCAAUGUCUUUCACAACAGGGAUUACCAGUUUGACACUGUGGUGCUGCUGAACCUGAUUCUGUUCAAAGCGGCUGAUUCUUCCAGGGACAUCUAUGAGGUGGCCAUGCAACUGUUACAGAUCCUGGAACCCAAGCUCUUCCGUUACGCCCACAAACUGGAGAUCCAGCGAACGGAUGGUAUCUUGACCCCUCCCUCACCGCUGCCACACCUCUACUCUGUGUCUUACUACCAGCUGUCUGAGGAGCUUGCAAGGACUUACCCAGAGCUCACUCUGCCCAUCUUCUCAGAGGUGAGCCAGCGUAUCCAGACGGCACAUCCCGGUGGUCGUCAGGUCAUGUUGCACUACCUCCUGCCUUGGAUGAACAAUGUGGAGCUGGUUGAUUUCAAACCAACUGCACGGCAGCCGGAAGAUUGCGGCAGCGGUGAGGAUGAUGAGGAUGUACACGAACGAGAGGUCAUGGUCAACAGCCGACGCUGGCUCCGUGGAGAGGGCUGGGGCUCCCCUCGUGCAACAACCAUGGUGCUCAACAAUCUCAUGUUCAUGACAGCCAAGUAUGGGGAUGAGUUUGCUUGGUCGGAGAUAGAGAAUGUAUGGACCACAUUAGCAGACAGCUGGCCAAAGAACCUCAAAAUCAUUCUGCACUUCCUCAUCAGUAUGUCAGGAGUCAACAGUGACCCCAGCCUCCUGCCCUAUGUGAAACGAGUCGUGGUUUACUUGGGCAGAGAUAAGACUAUGCAGCUGCUGGAGGAGUUGAUGUGUGAGCUCGAGUUAACCGAUCCUGUUAGCUCAGCUGUCACACACAUGGACAACCCCCCCUAUUACCGCAUCACCUCCAGUUACAAGAUUCCCUCAGUCACCUCAGGAACAACCUCCAGCAGCAAUACCAUGGUGCCAGGAAACGAUGGUCAUCAUGACAGCAAGAUCAAAGACUCAAACAUGGAGGACAGUUACACCCACCUGGACAUCUACAGUGGUCUGAACAGUAACCUGAACCGUCAGCACCACCGUCUGGAAUCUCGUUACAGCAGCAGCUCCGGAGGCUCCUAUGAAGAAGAGAAGAGUGACUCCAUGCCACUUUAUGCUAACUGGCGUUUGAAAGUGAUGGAUCACAACCGGCCGGAGCCUCUCCCCUUCCCUCCUACAGGAGGCUGUUGGUCUCCUCUUGUGGACUACCUGCCAGAGACAAACACUCCCGGUGUACCGCUCCACAGAUGUAACAUAGCAGUCAUCCUGUUAACAGACCUAAUUGUGGACCAUGGGGUCAAAGUGGAGUGGAGUGCCUACCUGCACCUCUUGCUACAUGCAAUUUUUAUAGGGUUUGAUCACCAGCACCCAGAAGUGUAUGAGCACUGCAAACGCCUACUGCUUCACCUGCUCGUCGUCCAGGGAGCAAAUAGCAGCGUUCAGUCUGUGGCUAUGGUGCUGUUACGCAACAGAGACUACAAUGAUCCGAGGGUCCUGACUGUGAAGCCAGUAGCUCCGGAGAUCAACCUCACAGGAGUGCAGGAGUUAUUGCCAGAAUUUCAGGCAUCACCGAUGACAGACUCUGGCCUCAGCUCGAGCUCCACAUCAUCCAGUAUAAGUCUUGGGGCAGGGGGAAGUGCUCUGUCCCACCUCUCCCCCUCACUUCUCAGUGAGGUAGAUGCCACUGCUGAACAGGACGAGAAGGUCAAAGCUCUCAUUGAGUUCAUUACCUCAAGAAAGCGGGGCCCGCUCUGGAACCACGAGGACGUGUCACCUAAGAACCCCAACAUCAAGAGCGCUGACCAGCUCAGUGUUUUUGUCAGACAUGUAGUGACCGUCUUCAAACAUUCCCAGUCAGGUUACCAGCUCGAGUCAUUGCUGAGUGAAGUAGCGCUACAGACAGCUCUGUCUUGCUCUUCUCGCCACUACGCUGGUCGCUCAUUCCAGAUUUUCAGGGCACUCAAGCAACCUCUGACUCUUGCCACACUGUCUGACAUUCUCUCUCGGCUGGUAGAGACUGUGGGAGACCCAGGAGAGGAGGCUCAGGGCUUUGUCAUUGAACUACUCUUGACACUGGAGUCAGGCAUUGACACGCUAGCAGACACCGUCAAAAACUAUGACCUCCUCACUGCCUUAGCACAAACCUCUUCUCGUGAUCACUUGUUGGGACCUAAGUUUGCUGCCAACAGAAAAAGCACGGGCCAGCUGAACAUGAACAGCGGUGGUCUGUUCCAUUACGCUCACACUCGCAGCAACUCUCUUCGUGCCAGCCUCAUGAGUGAAAGAAAAGCCGACAGGCGUAGGAGUAACACCCUGGACAUAGCUGACCGGCUCGGUGGUAGCCAUGGAAACCUGGCACGCACGCGGAGCUUAUCAUCACUAGGUGGGGGAGGGGGUCCAGGAGGGGACGCCAUCCCCCCCGUGGACCCUUCAAAUCUGAUGGCCACUGUGUUCUGGAUCGCCGCCUCGUUGCUCGAGUCGGACUACGAGUUUGAGUAUCUGCUUGCCCUGCGGCUGCUCAACAAGCUGCUGGGCCAGCUGCCUCUGGAUCGUGUAGACAGCAGGGAACGACUGGAGAAGGUCCAGGCCAAGCUGAAGUGGUACAGCUUCCCCGGCCUGCUGCAGCUCUUCCUAAAGGGCUUCACUUCUGCUUCGACUCAGGAGCUCACCAUCCACCUGCUCAGCAAGCUCAUCAGUGUCUCCAGACAUACACUGGUAGACCCUUCACAAGUGGCAGGUUUUCCUUUGAACAUCCUGUGCCUCUUACCACAUCUCAUCCAGCACUUUGACAGCCCCACUCCUUUCUGUAAGGAGACGGCUGAUAAAAUCGCCAAGGUGUGCGCUGAGGAGAAGUCAGCCACGCUCUCCAACCUGGCCCACAUGAUGAGCCUGUACAGCACGCACAGCUACUCCCGCGACUGCACCAACUGGAUCAACGUGGUCUGUCGCUAUCUCCACGAUGCCUUCGCUGAGAUAACCUUGAACUUGGUCACUUACUUGGCUGAGUUGCUGGAAAAGGGCCUUCCCAGCAUGCAGCAGUCCUUGUUGCAGAUCAUCUACAGCCUGCUGAGUCAUAUUGACCUGUCAGCAGCCCCGGUCAAACAGUUCAACCUGGAGAUCAUGAAGAUCAUUGGCAAAUAUGUGCAGAGCCCGCAUUGGAAGGAGGCUCAAAACAUUCUGAAGUUGGUGGUGUCGCGCUCAGCCAGCCUUGUUGUUCCAGAUGAUGUGCAGCGAUCAUACAGCACAGAAUCCUGCGGCUCUCCAGAAAUUGCCUUUACACGCAUAUUCAACAACUCUUCAAAGGAGCUGCCUGGCAAAACUCUGGAUUUCCACUUUGACAUCUCAGAGACACCAAUCAUAGGGCAUAAAUAUGGUGACCAGCGUACUGCAGCUGGCCGGAAUGGAAAGCCGCAGGUCAUUGCUGUAACCAGGAGUACCUCCUCCACAUCAUCCGGCUCCAACUCCAACGGUCUGGUGCCAGUAAGCUGGAAGAGGCCUCAACUCUCUCAGAGAAGAACCAGAGAGAGGCUGAUGAAUGUCCUGUCUUUAUGUGGCCCGGAGUCUGGCAUUCCCAAAAAUCCAUCUGUAAGACUCCUCUCCUACUCUAAAGCCUCUGACAAGGUGGUUUUCUCAUCCAAUGAGGAUCUGGACUCUGCAGACCAGCAGACCAGUCUCAUACCCACAGUGGAGGAGGUGGUCAGAGAAGAGGAGGUGCAGGGAGAAGACACGGGCAGUGAGCAGCAGUUCGGUGUUUUCAAGGACUUUGACUUCUUAGAUGUGGAGUUGGAGGAUGCUGAGGGGGAGAGCAUGGACAACUUCAACUGGGGGGUGCGUCGUCGCUCCCUGGAGAGCAUGGACAAAGGGGACACGCCGUCUUUGCAGGAGUGCCAGUACACGGGCAGCACGCCAAGCCUCAACCUCACCAACCACGAGGACACGGAUGAAUCGUCUGAGGAGGAGGUACUGAGCGCUAGCCAGAUUCUCACCCGCUCUGGCCUUCUUAACAGUGACUCUGCUACUGACGACACCGCAUCCAACCAUGUGGACUCCUUGCAGCAAUCUCAAGAAUCGUCCAGCAGUGCCCUGACAGAGGAGGCAACUGCCCUGCCCUCUCUGCCCUCCCUCCCUCGACUGGAUAGCCCCAUGUUGGAGAUGGCCCACUCAGACAGCACCAGCAGCCAGCUGCCUGAGGAUGCUGUUAGCAUGACGGCAGCGGACGAGCUGAGCAGCAGUGUGAGUGAAGACACGGGGUUUUGCAGUGCCCCCCCUCUGCCCUCUGACCCAUCCGAGCUGUGUGACCUCCAAGACUCGCAGGACCAUCAGGAUGCUCAGGAACCUCAGGAACCUCAGGAGACCCAGGACCCUCAGGAAGACCUGGAUCCAGCCCCCCCUCCCCCGCCGGCCAUAGACACUCCACCGGGGUCCAUCUGUGAGGACGAUUCCCAAACAGUCCUGCCUCUAGCUCUGCCCCUGCCCAUGCCACCAGAGACGAAGCCAGAUCCAGACCCAGACCCAGACAGCACCUGCGGCUCAGGGUGGGAGGAAGAUGUGACGCAGGCCCUGAAGGAGCUGGAUGAGCGCUGUGAGGAGGAGGAGGCGGACUUCUCUGGCAUGUCCAGUCAAGAUGAAGGUGACGCAGACUGCUUCCCAGAGAUUCAGGCCUCUCCGCCCCCUUCGCCCUUUCUCUCUGCCAUCCUGGCAGCAUUCCAGCCUGUUGCCUAUGACAAUGAGGAAGAUGCUUGGCGUUGCCAUGUCAACCAGAUGUUGUCAGAUACAGAUGGUUCCUCUGCUGUUUACACGUUCCACGUGUUCUCCCGACUCUUUCAGAGCAUUCAGAGGAAAUUUGGCUCCAUUACGCAUUCAUCUGUUCGCUUCCUUGGGGAAAGGCUCCAGCGAAUGGGGAAUCAGUUCCUCAGCUCUCUGGAAGUCAUGACGUCUCGCUCACAGUGUCCCACUGUGCUGCUGGAUGCAGAGACGCUGGUCUCUUGUGGACUGUUGGAGACUCUGAAGUUUAGUGUGCUGGAGUUGCAGGAACACCUGGACACCUACAAUGCCAAGAGAGAAGCAGCAGAGCUUUGGCUGGAGAACUGCAGGAAAACAUUUGGGGACAAAGACAGCAGCCAACGACCCAAUACUCAUGCACAGCAAAUGGAAAAUCUAGCAGAGCUGGAGUUGUGUCGCAGGCUCUAUAAGUUGCACUUUCAGCUGCUGCUGCUCUUCCAGGCCUACUGUAAGCUCAUCAGCAGGGUGGACACCAUCAAGAGAGAGGCAGAGGUGACCAACAUGUCUGAAGAACUCACUAUCCUCGAGAGCUGUCUGAAGGAGGCAGAAACAGGAAAUGAUGGUCAGGAGGAUGUGUGUAUGUCAGACACUGCCCAGACAAACACGGAGACGGCCAUCCAGUCACUGAUUGAAACCCUGAGAGGCAGAGACUUCAGCUCUGCGCUCACACAGGUCAAAAUCUUCAGGUCUUUGUGGCCCAACGACAUCUUUGGCAACGAGACAGACAAUGCAGUCCAGACCCUUCUGCACAUCUACUUCCGUCACCAGACGCUGGGCCAGACGGGCUGCUUGGCGGUGGUGGGCCCCAGCAGGGACCUGUCUCAGGCUAGCACCCGCCUUAUGGAGCUCAACCUGCAGAUCCGUGAGGCUCUGAGUCAGGCGCAGGCCUGCCAGCCCCUCAACACCAUGGUCAGCACUGGACUGUGAACCUGUGGUACUGCAGGCUGUAAGCCUGGACUAGACUGGACAAAUAUCCCCCCCCCCCCAAACUCUACACAGACCUCACCUCAGCUGUAGAGAGAGGGUAGACAGUGAGGGGCUUCAGAGGAGGACGAGAGACUCCACCUAUAAAGGGCUAAAGGAUGUGUGGGAAUAACUGUGACUCUUAAUAUAUAUUAUUACCUGUAUGAAUGCUUAAAGCUAACAUCUUUUCCCAGACUAAGCCAACUUGCAAAAUUCAGUUGCAAUAAGUCAUGUGGUGGUGUGACUGGGAGAGAAUCAGAGAGGACGCAGUUGGAUGAUAACUUUUUUCUCUUUUUUUGUUUUCUUUUAUCUUUUUUAUUUUUGUUUUUUUGUUUUUUUCUUUGCUGGAUCUGACCUGAUGGGCCUGUCAUACCGACCGAUGACCUCCUCGGGGGUCGAGGCGGGAUAGAUGGCAUUGAAGCAUGUAAGACGGUCCAGAGGAGGCGUCGUAUGUGUGAGGACACACCGUCAAGAUUCAUAAGCAAACAGAAAAAAAUCUUGUUUAAAAACAGUUUUCAAAAGCAUGCUUGAAAGAGAAAAGCACUGCAAGAAUAUUUUUUUGAGAAAUGUAUUUUUUAUUAGAGCUAACAUCCUAGGUUGUAAAUGUUAGGAUAUUUAACAUGUAAUUGUAACCCUGUGGGAGACGUUUGCCUUCAGGGAGUGUAAAAAGAGAAAUAUAUCUGUUUAUUGAUCUGCUUUGAGAGGAGAGUCCCCUUCAACAGGUCUUCACGCAAAACUCACUCUUUAACCAAAUAAGUAGCUGCCUUUAGAGACUCUCGACUGUGUGAUAUAUAUUGGAUAUUCUGGUAUACGCUCACACACAAAUGCAUAUAAUUGCACACAAGUGCAGACUGGCUACAACUCAUUAUGGAAACAUAACUUAUUUUACUCUGUAUAUAUUUUAGAAAAUGUAUAGUGUAAAACCAGUAUUUUUCCCUUGUACUUUUGUGUAAUGCACUGUUCAUCCGAAUAGGAUGUAUGUAUAAAGCUAAUGUGAUGAGAGAAAGCCAAGACCAGGUUUGAGUCAUUAAUGAUCCGCUCCGCCUUCUUCAUCCAAUCACACAAAAUUUCCCAAAGGCUGCCUCGGUUGUUGUUGGUGGUGGUCUUGGAAAGGGGGUCAGGGCUCAUUUGGGACUAGCCACCAGCCUGCCUUUGUGAAGGCGAUGGCAUGGGAGAUCUAAUGUAGCCUCCACCUCCUGUCGGACCACACCAGUCCAGCCGAGUCAUAUGCAUUCCUUCUCUCCACUGUGAUCUUUUUGUCAGCUCGGCACCCCGGCACAGGCUCUGCUUAAAGCCUCAUAAAGGGGAGACUUUUUUUUUUUUUUUUUUUUGUCCGUGUAGGUUGAUCACGUUGCAAAGCAGCGCUCAUCCUCCGCUACAUCUUGAUCCUGUUUUCCAAGGGGGAAAUGGCUGUCGUUGAAGCUGCGCUCUGCUUUCAGAAUGGCCCUACUUGCUGCUGUGACUGCAGGACAUUAACCAUUAUCUGAAUGCUUUCUUGGAAAUCUUGUCAUGGCACAUUGUAACAGUCACUGUACUCAUUCCUCAGAGAGCUUUUUUUUUUCCUGCUUGUCUGGUACAUUUGAAUGCUGUUCUUAAUUAUUUAAUGAAUAUAUUAUUUACCUGGAAGAUGUUUUAAUGUAGAGGUGCAUUAUACAUUUUUUUUUCUUGUUCACUCACAUACCAGCCUUCUCUCUGGAUAAAUAAAAACCUAAUCAUACAGUACAA